AUGGCAAGCCCUAGUCAUGCCUCUACCUCGACACUUCCUCCGACCUCCUCGGUCCAUUCUCAUUCGCAAGACCACACCCCACAAUUCAACAUGAAGCUGCCGCAGAUUCAGGCCUCAUCUAACCUUUCUGGUUCGUCUCUCCAAUUGCCAUUAAUCGAUGAGAGGAAGCCGACUGUUAUCGUGAUUUUAGGUCCAUCACAAUUGAGUCAACGCUACCCUCAAUUCUCCAACCCCCAUUCAUCUCCGUCAGCGUCAUACCCCCCUCCAACCGACAGAUCCUCCCGUCCCUCAAACAAAAGGAAGGCCUCCGAGCUUCAGGGUACAGAAUCUCGUGGCCUGCCGUAUCAGUCGCAUGCCUCCGCCGGUCCUUCUCCACGUUCCCAGCCAGGAAUGGAAUUAAGUUUUAACAGCGGGCAUGGUCCUAGUCGCCGUGGAUCCCUGCCGCUCUCAGACAGGGCUUCGCCCACGGUGCCUUCCCUCGGUCCUGGGCUGUCAGCGCCAGUGAACGGGACCAGGUUUGUCCCUCCUGCACAACUGCCGAGCGGCGUCGCGACUACGACGGCUGAACCGUCUCUAAUUCGAUUUAGUAUCCGCCCUGAAAACUUCCAACCAGAAGGCGUUAUAACGACCACAAGAAUGACGCAAACGAAGCGGAGGUCUGCGGAUUCAAUGCCUGUAGCUGACGACACUCAAAACGGCCGGGGAACCGACGGGGAGGGAUAUGAGGACCGCGACAGUAAUGCUAGUGGGAGCGAGGUCAGCUCGCGGUCUAGCAGCGUCAAUCGGACCCGUUCUCAAGCUAACCCUAUACGGUUCCGCGAGCCUCUUACCGAAAAGUCAAGGCAGGAUCGGAAGGUGGUCAAGGGGGGGAUUGCAAUUGUGCAAGUAAAGUGGGAUUCCGAUCGGAAGCGUAGGCAGGGGUACUUUGCCCCGGAUAACGGCGCAGAAAAGUCACCUUUUCGACAUUACAGCAAGGACGAUUGCUGCUUCGAUGAUUAA